GUCCGAACGGUAUUGUGCGCGAUCAGAGCGAGAUGCCUAAAUUAGCAGUGGCAGCGGAUUCCAGUCGUGCCGAAGAAACCGAGAGCGGGAGCGCAGCCAUGGCCGCGACCGAGACGGCAGUCGGAGGACGAUGAAUCUGCGGUUCGAAUGAUGUGAGCUGAAGGAGGCGCCGAGUCUUAGUCUUAGUCUUAGUUCGGCAGACAAGCACCCGUCGCCUCUGGACGGCAUUGUGGCGGAGGCGGAAGCGGAACGACGACGAAGAAUCGUGCAGCCAAGAAUUUUGGACGGAAUUGCAUUCGGUCAUGCUCCGCGAGAGAAUCAGAGUGAGAGUGAGAAUCAGGAGGAGGAAGAUUGAGGAGCAGUUUUCAGGAGACCAGGACCGGAGCGGGGGAUAGCAGAGUCGAGGAGGACGUUUUCAAGAUUUCCGAAAUUAUAUAUUUUUCGAUAAUCUUUCCCAGUGCUCUCUAGAGAUUUCUUCAUGCAUUCGCCGGCCUCUCAGCGUGAUUCGCGUUGACCGCUGCGAUCGCGGUCGGGUGUGGGCAUAAUGUCAAUCCUCACGAGUUACGGCAGCAGUUCGAGUUCCUCUGCGUGCUGGCAGCUGAAUUUUCACUCUGUCCCGCGCGCGGUUACUCUUCUAUCCGGAGAAUCACCUCGCACCAGCCGCGUCUUCGGUAGUAGGAAAAUAUCAAAAGCUCGAUUGACAUCCACUGCCUCGAACGAUGUCAAUGCCAGCGGUCAUUACAAGCGUUUGGACUCAAGCGUUUCUAAAGCUUUUGAUUCAUCUCCGGCUCCUUUUAAAUUUCAGACUGGUGGAUGUCUUGGCAUUUGCAAGAAUUCAGUGAGGAAAGUAUUUGCCACGGGCAAUGGAAAAUUUUAUUUUGUUCUGAAUAUCAAGAUCAAGAGAGGCCUGGUCAUCAAAUGCUCAGUGGAUGUUCCUGUUCCCAACUUUGAGCUCCCUGAAUCAGAUCCGGUCAGCAAGAUCAAUGCAGAGCAAUCUAUGAACCCAAGUACUGGAAGUGAAACCAGGACAGAUGCGCAAGUUCGACAUAAAGCAGCUUUUUUUGAUGUGGAUGGAACUAUUACCCGAACAAAUGUGGUACUCGCUUAUCUGGCUGUUCGUAUGUCGGAGCUGUCCUUCUUCAUGAAAUUUGUUUGGGUUCCCUGCUUCGCAGUACUGUGCAUUUUUUACCUCCUCGUAGAUCAUUUUGAUCGAGCCACCUUCAAUCGAAUUUUCUACUCCAAUCAUUAUAAAGGACGAUCAGCUGAUAGCAAGAGCUCAAUGGCUGCUCUCAUUUACGAACGUUAUUAUAAGCCGAGGAUAUUCGCUGGCGCUGUGGAACAUAUAGCAGUGUUGAAGACCUUGGGCUACCGUAUCGUUCUUGUGACUGGUGCCCUUGAUUUCCAAAUUGCACCACUGGCUCGGGAUAUCGAUGCAGAUUUUGUAUAUGCUGCCGAGUUGGUCGAAGAAAAUGGCAGAUUCACCGGAGAGCUGAACGGAAUGGCAACCAGCAACAGUGAAAAAGCCGAGCGCGUACUCGAUUAUGCCAAACGAUUUGACGUGUCUUUGGAAGACAGCAUGGCCUUCGGAGAUAGCAUCGCUGACAUUUCGAUGCUGGAAAUGGUUGGGAGACCUCAUGCAGUGAAUCCCGAUGCUCGCCUCCUUGCGAUUGCCUUACAGCGAAAAUGGACUGUCCUUGUCUGGACUCUACAAACGCUCAAGGCCACUUCAACUUCCACCGUUCCCGCCUGAUCGCGAACAUCAUACCAGAAGGAGUUUGGCUCUCGUCCCACAAGCCCAACAUUCGAAAUGUCCAAUGACUGAAGGUGAUUGUUUGACGCAUACCAGGACACGCAGAUUCCUUCUAAACAUCACAAGAGAGACUGCCAACCGCCCAUGAUGGCUUGUCCGGACAACAAGAGUUUCAGCCGAAAGCAGAGAUCAAGUUCUCCUACCCCACCUCCCCAAUUGAAAGCAUUUGUCAGGUGUACGCCAUUGUCACUGAGAAACGCAAAGCCUGUUUCACAUGGGACGAGUACCAUGCGUACUCACCUCACCUCACCUCACCUCACCAGCUGCUGUAGCCUCUCCUCUUGUUUCCCUUCCGUCAGUCCCGGAUCCCAACUCUCAUCUCCUCCGCCGAAUACAAACAUCCCGGAAUGCGUUACUGACUUAUUAACCCAGGAAGGACACCUGGUCUUCCCGUUCUCGGACGAGCUUUCGGGCAACCUUUGAAUUCUAUUGUCUGUUCCACGACUGUGAAAGCUUUGUUUGCUUCAGUAGCAUUGACCGUGCGUUUGGGUCUACGCGAAUAAAAUGUUGUGAUUGCGGACGGGCUCAGGACUUCUGAAUUUGCAUCUCGGAGUGUAAGCGUCGUGGUGUCCAGUGCAGACAUUCUCAAUGUCUCAACCACAGGCGCUUCAGUUAGCUUCCAGGGUGGCGAGAUGUAAUAGAAGCUGCUUGUGUCGAGUCUAGGCUUUCUUCGUUCUUAAUGUCUUUUGAUUCCUAGUCCUGAAUUGCAGGAAUAUGAGAAUGUCGAGAUCACGAUGCGUGAGGUGGUUGUUGGAGAGUCAACAAGCUUCUCCGUAGAAUUGCUCUAGCGAAACUGAUGUAGGCGUUGGUCACGUGGACCCAAGCCUGCGUUUGGCAGGGUUUUGAAUGUAGUAGGAGGAGUAGGAGUAGUAGCUGUGUCCUGAUGGCCGUGAGCUCAUUGUUUACUUCCUCUUCUCUGCAUCGGAGAUCGUGACUUGUUUUAUUUGCAUGUUCGAGUCGCAAGGACAGUUUUUGGUAGGUUUGAUGCUGGUGCAGA